UUUCAGAACUUAACUUGGCAACUCUUUCGAAGAUUCUAAUCUCUUUGUUGCAUCAUGAUGACGAGGCUGCUCUACGUCUUUUUCAUCCUAGCCUGUAUCAAUGGCACCUUUGGAGACGGGCUCAAGUGUCUUCUUAAACCUGCUGAUAUACCAACAUCAUGGAUAGACAUGACCGAUCCGUGCACAAAACUCAUGGAGUCUCAAGUUAAAACUGAAAUGGAAGCUGCUAUGAAAUAUCUUGCGAUGGGUGCUCACUUUGCACGUGAUACUAUAAACCGCCCAGGCUUUAGCAAGUUCUUUUUUGAAAGCGCAAGCGAAGAGAGAGAGCACGCUAUAAAGAUCAUCGAAUAUUUACUAAUGCGUGGACAACUUACAAAUGAUGUCAGCAAACUUCUCAAGUAUCCUUUGACUACCAACAAUACAAAUUCGAUACGCCAGGAGUGGAACAGUGGAGAAGAAGCUCUCACCGAUGCUUUAAAAUUAGAGGCUCAAGUUACGCGCAGUAUUCGUGAUAUAAUCAUAACGUGCGAAACUCCGAAAACAUCUUCUUUCAACGAUUACCACUUGGUCGACUACCUCACUACCGAUUUCUUAGAGGAACAGUAUAAAGGGCAACGUGACCUCGCAGGCAAAAUCUCAGUGUUGGGUAAAAUGAUGCAAGCGCAUGGACCUUUGGGAGAAUUUUUAUUCGAUAAGAAAUUAUUGAGUGGUGAAGUCUAAGUGUUUUGGUGACAUCAAAAUUCAGGCUUGAGCUAUUCUUUUCUAUAAAUACAUAAGAUUUAUAAAAUUAUAAUGGCCACAUUUAGAAUACAUUAUAUAAUUCAGUUUAUU